AUGAAGAGCUUCAAGAACUUCAUCAACAACUUCCGCCAGGGCUCGGAUCAAGACCACUUGGAGGCUGAUCAGCACACAGACACCGGCACCUUUGCCCAGGGGUUCUCCGGCUGCGCGGUCUCCUCCCAGCCAGCGGCGCAAUAUCUCUUUGCCCAGUUGGCGGCCGCGACCACGGCUCCGCGAGCUCUUGGCGCCGGCCCUGACCCCGAAGAAUGGCUGCCACGCGUGGGCCAGACCACCACUCAUGGCUUCUUUGCCGUCCCCUCGUCCAUGGCCUACGAUAGCUUGCACCGGGUGUUGGCGAUCGGCAACCAGCAUGGUCAAAUCCACCUUUUCCAGGGCGUCCUGCCGGAGGAGGCCCCUGUCUUUGUGUCUUCCAUGGCCGAGCCCGUGCGGCCUGUGUCGCCCUCGAUGCCGGACACCGGGGCCACCGCCGGUCGCCCCGGUGCACGGCCCUCUGCCGCGGCGUUCUACGCACGCCAGGCCGGCCUGGCAGAUGGCGGGUCCCCCGGCAGCGCCACCCCCCCUCGGCGUCCGGCCCGGCGGGCGGUUGCCCCGCGUGUUUCCACCAUCAACCUCAAUGGCCGCCAGGGGGUUCGUCUUUUGGCCUUCACCUCUUCCGAGCUGUCCAGCCAUGCGGUGACCCAGGCCCAGCGUCCGGGCGCCCCGCGCCUGGAGUACGAAGAUGGUCUUGGCGGCUUGCUGGUGGUCGAUCAGGACAGCAACCUUUACCUGUACCAGCGCGAGUACUUGACCCUCAUCCAGUCGAUCAAGGCCGCCUCAUUCCUGAACCCAGGCGACAGUGUCACGUUCAUUUACCCGAUGCCGCGCUCGCCACUGGUCUUCAUCGGGCUGAAUUCCGGCGGGGUGGUUGUCUUCACCGUGUACCCGACUCUGGUACAGGCGCACUUUACCCUCCCGACCCCCUUUCGCGAGGAGGUGGACUCCCCUCGGCGGUCGGCGCAUAGUGCCCCCUUCGCCGUGGUGGCCAUUUCCAUGAACCCGGCCGAUGCGAACCAGCUACUCGUGGCCCACCGGAACAAUCAUGCCAUCGUCUGGGAGCUGGACAAGCGCCAGCCCCGGCGUGCAUUCGCCCUGCCAUUGCAUGCGACUCCAAAGGCCUCCAGCUCCGGGGGGCCUGCUGCCACCACCACCACCACCACCGCCACCCCGGUGGACCUCUUCUCGGAGCUCCGAGCCGCUGUGUGGCAGCCAAUCGCCGGUCGGUGGCUGGCCACGGGCCACGCAUGUGGCUUGAUUUGCGUGUUUGAUUUCCAUGCCGCGGCCCCGGCCGUCGCGGCGGCCGCCGGGUCUGACCCCCAGCGCGUCGUCCUGCCGCCGGUCGAAUCGCCUCACGUCAUCAUCAAUGCCAUGGGAACGCCCCAGUCAUCACUGGGCCAGCGCCGGCAGCCGAUCUCCUCGAUCCGGUGGUGCUCCGUCCCCUCCUUGCCGGACCUGUCCUCGCCCGAGGGAACCAUGCAUGCGGCCCUCGCCGAUGCGGCGCCUCCUCUGUCCCCGAAUGUGGCCACUCUGGAAACGGUGAUGAUCAUCGAGGGUGGGGCCUUCCCCGAGGAUGAUCCGGGCUUUUCCCUGCUCUACAUCGGCAUGGGUCAGACUUUCUCCGCGUCGCGGUACUUCCUGCUCCCGAGUGCCGAGCCUUCGAGGCUUGGUGACGAUGCCGCGACUCUGGCCGCAUCUGCACCUGCUCGGGCGGAUGAUCCGGCCCGCCUGUUGGCGGUCAUCGAAGCGGCGCCACGGCGUGGUGCGGCUGCCCUGGGCUUUGUUUCGUUGGACCCGGGUUCGGGCCAGCUUGCGGCUUUCCUCUUUGGCUCUCAUGGCUGCUAUCGUCCGGCUGCCAUCAACCACUCGUGGCUGACACUGGCUCGGCGCCAGGCGACCAUUGUGACAAUCGCCCGGUCUGGCGUGCCAAGCGCCCCGCCGCCGAUCUUCGGCGAUGCCGACUCCGCUGAACCCAGCUACCACGGCUUCAGCAGUCUGGCAAAUGGGCUGGUGUCCCCGGCGCUACACGCCCUUCUGGCAUCGCUGUCGAGCCCCGGUACCCCUGCUGCUUCGCCUGGCAGUGAUCUUCUGUCGAUCUGGCGAUACUCGCCGCUUGAGGCAUAUGUCCAGCCGGUGUCUCCGUCACAGCUCCUCUUGACUGGCCACUCCGAUGGAACCGUCUGCUUCUGGGACAUCUCCAACAAGGGCUCCGAGGGCUCGCGCAUUGUCACCCUGCCGAUUAACCAUGUGUCCUUCGUGCCGACGGCCAGCGCCGCACUCAGCGUCGCAUACCGGGCCAUCAAUGAUCUGACGCCCGGCGGCGGCCCUGGCUCGACGGUCACAUCGCCGCCGAUGUCUCCAUCGCAUGCGGCAACCGUCGGUGCAGCCGCCACCGCAGCCGCACAGCAGCAGCAGCAGCAGCAGCAACAGCGCCCUGCCUCCACCUCACAUGCCCCGGGGGCCGGGAUGCUAAGUCGCGCGAUGGCCACUCUGUGGGUGUCCUCUGUGGAGGACCCCCGGCCAUUGCGGUCGGCGUAUCGUCUCUUCGAGAAGCUCUCCGAGCCCCUGUUCAACGAUGAGGGCGCCGCUACGUCGCGCUCACUGUCCGAGCUGUCGGUCUCCUUUGGCGGGACCCAGCGCUCCUUCUCCCGGGCAUUUGUCCAUCGGAUUCUGGAGUUCACACCGGUGUCCUCCCUGUCGGUUCCCGGGGCAGAGCGCCUGUCCCCGCCGACAUCGCCGACUCCUGUCGGGGCCGCCGGACCUGGAGGCGGCGCGCAUGCCUCUCCGGCCGCCGGCGGUGCGCAGCCCGGGCCUGGCGGUCCGGUCACUCCCCGGGCCCCGCCACCGGUGGCCCUGUCCGGCGAUGUGGCGGCCCUGGUGUUUGUUGGGUCCCUGCUGGUGGCCUCACGGCCGGAUGCCGUGGCACCGCAGUCGCAAUUCACGCCAGACCGGUUCCUGGCCCCGGUGGUCGGGCCGGCCGUGCCGCCGAAUAGCACGGUGUCCACCCUGCCGGUGUCCAUCCUCCGGCGGUUUUGCGAUGACCCGGCGCCCGGCUCGCCAUACAUGCCGGAUGGCCGGCAGAUCACCGUCUGCGUGAGCACCACCCAUGUGCGUGUGCUGCUCGGCCAGCCGGUGGCCGGGGGCUCCGGUCUGAGCGGCGGCCUGUCGCUGGAUGCGCUUCUCCGGCGAACUGGCCACUUCCCGGCCGACGCGGACUUCGCCUGUCUGUCGGCCGACGCGCUGCCGGGCCGGGCUCCCGGUGCCGAGAAGCUGACCUUCCUCCGGGCGGACAUCCUGCAGGUGCCACUUGUGACGGCGCUCGCGGGCGGGACCCCGAUCCCGCGCUCGCGAUUCCCCUCGGCUGCCGAAGUGGCGGCCAUGCACGCGGCGUCCGGGGCCGUUCCGGCGGCCCCGGCGACCGCGGCCGAAGCCCCUCCGCCAGGCGGUUCCCGGCCUGGAGCCCUGGCCUGUCCGCCUUUGUCCCUGGAGUCCGGCUAUUGCCUGGCGGUGCUCACCUCGGACGGAGGGCUCUACCUGCUGGCCCUGCCAAGCCUACAUGUGAUGUAUAUUAUGCCGACGGGUCCGCUCUUUGUCGAUCGGGCUUGGCGCCUGGGCCUCGCGGCGUUCCUCUCGGGGCCGAUGCCCUCGGACCUGGGUGUGUGCCUAUUCGAGGGCCAUGGGCAGCUGGGCUUCACGCCCCUAUUUGGCGACUAUGAAGAGGACGACCAUGCUGGGGUGGGCUUCGGCCCUGGCGGCGUGCCCGCCGAGCCGCACCAGCAGCACUCGGUGUUCGAUGCGGCCCGCGUGCACUUCCUGCGUGGGUGUGCUCUGUCGGCUGGGGACAAGUUUGGCGACGGUGUGCCGCAACUGGCCCAGACCCAGUCGCUCUUUUCGAAUCUCCUGUCGCGGCUGCACAACUACGGCGACGACGACAUCAUCAACCUGAUUGCACCGCCCUCCUCGCGCCCGGCCUCCCGCUCUCCCUCCCACGGAUCGGGCCUCGGGGCCAGUGGCCGUGGACAGACCCCGGCGGAAAAGCGGGCUGCCCUGCUGCAGGGCUCCUCGGUCCCGCCGCCCUCGAAUGCCCGGCAGCCCGAGGACCCCGCCACGGUUCAGGUGUCCGCCGGCGCGGCGGGAGCCGCUGCCGCCGCGCACCGGGCCAAGCUGGCUUUGGACGAGCGUGGUCAGCGCCUGCAAGACGCGCAGCUUAAGACCGAGGAGUUGGCCGACGAGUCGCGCAACUUCGCCGACUCGUCCAAAAACCUCCGCAAGCUCAUGGAGAAGAAGCGCUUCCUCUUCUGAGCUCCGUCACCAGGGCUCGCGCCCCCUUGUGUCUUUGCCUGUUGCUCUCCCUUCCCCCCCCCCCCCCCUCC